GUUGGGUCUGGAAGACAAGCUGCUCAAGAAAUUUACCAAAACGUGGGAUAUUCCGAGCAUGGGAGACAGUGCGGUUCCAACACCUUUGUUGCCUCUUGCAUCUGCACUUGAGGCAGUGAACGCAACUCCGCCCACUCACUAUUUAAACCCACAAUGUCACCGGGCGCUCAGCUUCUCACUGGAGAACUUGAUCUUGACCAACACGUUUGGAUUCAUAGGAAGAAAAAAAAAAACCCAAACCUUUAAACAUCCAGCUAAAGCCAGGGUUUCAUCUACAGUCUCUUGGAUAUCUGAACCCAACAUCAGCCUUUUGGAAACUUUUUUUUCUCCUUAUUAUUUAUUUUUUCUUUCUUUUUAUUUAUUUUUUUCCCCGUCCCCAUUCUCGGGAUUUAAACUUCGCCCGCUCCUUUCCAGAGAGGGUGUGAAGUUAAACCUGGAUCAGAGAUGCGGUCCCUUCUCCCGCUGACUGUGUAUUGCAUCAGCCUGGUUUCCCUCCAGCAGCUGCUGGCUAUGGCCGUUGAGGAGCGUCCCGACAGGAACAGGUUGGACCUCCUCAGCAGAAUCAUGGAGCACAGAGAGGAUAAAGCUGUGGGAUCAGGAAGCCAGCCUAACGUGGCCGUCCCCUCUUCAGCCCCCGACCAACCCCCGAAACGUCUGCCUGGUUUCCUCGGACGUCUGCCGGCCUCGGGAGCGAGAGCGGCUUCGCCAAACCUGGCGUGGCUCACCAAAGCUUCGCAGAGGGCGCUGAGAGUUCGCCGCCAUGCCCACUCGGGUUCGAGAGGGGGCCACCACUACCCUCAUCAUGCCCAGCUGAUGAGAGCGAGUUGUGUCCUAGGAACCUGCCAAGUGCAGAACCUCAGCCACCGGCUCUAUCAGCUCAUUGGUCAGAGCGGCAGAGAUGACUCGUCCCCCAUUAACCCCAGAAGCCCCCAUAGUUACGGAUGAGUUAGGCACCUCCAAACACCCACAGCAAGUCUAUCUAUAUCUCUGUUUAUUUAUCUCUUAAUGUAUUACUGGUAUCCUUUGCAUUAGAGUUUGAUGUAGUCCCUCACUUUUGUUUAUCCAUCGCAAAAUGACAAUUAUACUCUUCUUAAAGUCCUGAAUGUCGUGCCUCGCUACUUUUUGUGCUCACUGGUGGAUUUGAAGAUUCGAAUUUAAGAUCAUAACUGACUGAAUCCUUUUUGAAACCCCUGAUAUGAGUUCUCCCACCGUUCUGAGAGCGUCUGAAAGACACUGAGGUCUUUUCGAUUCUCCCUCCUGAGCGCUAAGAAAAAGCCAAGAGGCCUCAGUUUGACGUUUUAAUCCUGUUAAUGUAAGAAUGAAGGCCUGUCUUCAACACCAUCCAGUGGCCUGGUCCUGUCUGCCAACUGACCUCCCCAGCGCUGGUUAUCCCACGGCUCAUUGAUCAAACACUUAAGCCCCUAAUGUGGAUUUCAUCCUGCACUCUGAGCUGGAACCCCGUCAAAACCAAUGUAUCCUCAAAGACCUCGUAAAUGACCCGAUGAACCCUUUUACCUCUAUAUUUGCGCCCCUUCACCCCUCUCUCUCUUUUUUUUUUUGUCAAUUGUGGAACGCCCAUGUCAUUUUACAACUACAUAUCCAAUUUCAGUAUGAACACUGACAUCUCUGGAAUACUCCGUGACCUCUCAGCUCAACUGGGAAUUCAUCACUCAGCAGGACUUUGUGUUUGAGGACCACAGUUUACAUUCGAAACCAGCCACAGCACUUGGGUUUUAAGAGCAGUCUGAGUCAGGACUUGACCACAUGAACUCCAUGCUGAAAAAGAGAAAGAAGAAGGUUGGGAAUCCAGUGCUUUGGAGGGAAUCUGAGAGCCCAGAGGAAUCAGUUUCUCUGCUGCGUUGUAGUAGUGACCGGUCAGCCCGACACAGUAGGCGGCAAAGUGAACCUUGGAGCCAGCAGCCACCACUGCUGGCAUUUUCCCUGCCAGAGGCCAAGUCUGAAAUAUUAGCCCUUUCACGUGAUUCAUAAGUUCCCCCGGCAAGUCAGGACUUUGGGUUGACAGCAGUUUAAUAAACCUGGCUUAAUCACUUCAGUCAUAUGUACCGCCACAGCAGGGGGGGGGCGGGCUGAACCUCCCAUGGUCUGCACACUCGACACUAAUACAUAAAUAUAAAGAGUAAGGCAGAUGGCUUCCACACAUGCAGCCUUGAAGGGUCAAUUCAUCAAAAAUCCAAAAAGAAAAAACUUUCCAGAGUAACUUAGAGACUUAUUCUGGAAACAAAUGUCGCUGUUGAACUUUUUAAAUGUCACGAUCAUUUGCUGUGGGCACUGCAAACAACCGUUGUAUUGGGGUGGAAGCAGAAAUCUCUUUAACAGAUAUUUCCAAACGUGAGCAAGUAAAACCCAGACUAACUUUGCUUUGGUAAAUUAGAAGAUGUUUUUUUUUCUCUUUGGUAAUUUGGCUGAACUGACCCUUUAAAUGGUUCUGAAACUACACUGAGCUGAUGCUUUAUAGCAAGGGACCAAUUAAGGAAAGAGGACUGAGGUAAUAGAGAAAUACUGUCAACUGCAUUUCAUAGUGUUCUUACAAAGGAAUACAUUUUUCCUAUGGUGGAUGGUGGAUUACAAUAAUUUUUAAUUAUAGAGAAGGUAAGAGAAGGUCAACUGUUACUUACAUUUCCUCUUGGCAAUUCAAACGGGUUUGGAACAGUCCUGAGGCGACGGCUAAAAGCUCUGCUGUUACAAUGUGGGUUUCUAAUGAGAGACCACAGAGACCAAAAUGUUAGGUGUAAGAGAGCCCUAUUUCAAACAUGUGCACAAAAUAGCAUCGCACCGUCAAAAAUACAUGUCCUGACAUUUCCUUUUUUCUCUAUUUCUGUCUGUGUUUGAAAAUGGUGGGCAGAUGAUGGGACUGAGAAUAACUGAGGUCAAGCUCUCCUCACAAUGCAUGCUAAAAUUUCACAGGCCUUAAACUUUCCAAAAAAAAAAAAAUUAAAUUAAAAAAGCAACCAAAACUAUAAAACCCAUGUUUUUGGUGAGAAACAUAUUUAUAUUACAUAUGAUUUACAUACUUCUAAACCUCUGUUCCAGGACUUUAUGUUAGUCUGAUCUUAACUUGCAGAGAGUUGCUGAAUCACAGUAGGAAUACAGGCCAAACCGUUGGCCCACUUUCAGAUUUACGUGCACAGUCAUUUAGCUCAUUCAUAGUAAAGUAUAUUUAGCUUUUGUAAUUUUGCAUAUAAUUUCACAAACAUAAAAGUUUUGUAUUUCUAAGAGCAUUAGUCUAAACCCACCAAAUACCUGGCAAUACUUGACAUCAUAUAUUAAUGUGUUCUUUUAUCUUUAUCUUAAUUGGUGUGUGUUUCUGAUUUUUUUUUUCCUCAGAUUUUUUUUUCAGUUCUUCUUCAUCACCAGUUUCCUUACAUAUUUAGUCUCUCAGCCCCAUCCUGCCUCUCUUUUCCUCUUCUAUCUGUAAUUAUUGGAACCUGGAGGUCACAGGGUAAUAAUCACUGGUUCUUUCGUCCUAAGUCUAAUCUGUUCGAAGGCUUGCUGAGGUGAAACAUGCCAUUCUCUCAGCUGUAAUGGAGCUGAUCAAUGUCUCGUGACAAAUCAUUAAAAGGCUUUUUUCAAACGCUGAAAACCCCUGGUGGAUCUCUCUUCUUUUUCAGAUUGUACUGUUUCACUACGUAUUAUGUGCGUGCGUAUGUGUUUGAGGCGAAGUAUGCAGCCUAUCAGGACUCUUAUCUCCUGUGUUUGAUCUGCGCUGUGGACCAUUGUGCUCCCAGUCCGUAUUUUUUUAAUUUUUUUUUUUUUUUUCGCGCAGUAUGUUUUUGUGACGUCAGACAUUGCGUCAUGUCAAGCUGUGUGAGCAAACUGUGCACGACCGCUAAUACCUCCCCAUAGAAAGGUGUAGAGCUUUGAUGGGGCUCGCUGUUGCAGAGCCACAGGAGUGAGGGCAGAGUUCAGUGUGUGAAAAUGUGUCUUGUUAGUCUGAGUAGGUUCUUUUUUUAUUUUUGCUUAUGUUUUUUUCCAUUUGAAAGCCACAGGAUCUGCUUUAGGCACUUUAAUGAACGCGUGUGUAGUUAGAUGAGUUUCUCACAGCUUGGAUUUUCACUCUCUGUAAUGAACUUGGGAAAGCUGAAUGAGGUUCUUCUUGUAAAUGUUGCAUUUGAGAUUGUCUGCGAAUGUGUGAAGAUGUCAGUGCACCACAUGUGGCAUCACAAUACACACAUAUAUAUAUACACAUUUAUAUAUGUAUGUAUGUAUAUAUAUAUAUAUAUAUAUUCAACCAAACUAUUUAAAGAAAAUUAUGUAUUUAAGUAUCUUUGUAAGUUUAAGUUAAUAUCUGUGUGUCACCAAAGACUAUUUAUCUCAUCUUUUCCACUGCUCCUUAAACAUGACCUCCUGCUAUGAAAGGACGUCUUAACUGUAGUUAAAAUGUUACUGUUUGACAAUGUCCUUCACUCUGUAAAAUAAAGAACUGUACUGUAGUGUGA